AUGGCCGAGAUCUCAAUUUGGUCUUGGGAAUCUCUGCGGGUAUUUGAGAACCCAAUUCUGUCAAUUACCAAGAUUGUCCUAAUUCUACAGAAAGAUGGCGGCGUGAGACAUGUCUUCGUUAACCUGGGGUCUGACCACCCUUCCAUUCUGGAGGCCAUGGUGAAAGGCCAGAAAGAAAAGAGGGAUCAAUUCCCAAGAAUUAUUACUUGUCCCAAUGAGAUGGUGGCCUUGUCGAUGGCCGAUGGCUAUGCGCGAUUGACCGGUCAGCCCCAAGCUGUGAUUGUUCAUGUCGAUGUCGGAACACAGGGACUUGGCGCAGCAGUGCAUAAUGCCUCGUGCGGGCGCGCUCCGGUUCUCAUCUUUGCUGGUCUUUCACCUUAUACUAUCGAGGGUGAAAUGAGAGGCUCGCGAACAGAGUACAUCCACUGGAUCCAAGAUGUGCCCGAUCAGAAACAGAUUGUUGCGCAAUACUGUCGGUAUACCGGUGAAAUCAAAACCGGCAAAAAUGUUAAGCAGAUUGUGAACCGCGCACUUCAAUUCGCGACUAGUGACCCACAGGGCCCUGUGUAUCUGAUGGGAGCACGAGAAGUGAUGGAAGAGGAGAUCGAGCCGUAUCAGUUGAACCAGAAUCAUUGGAAUCCUGUGUCGCCAACAGCGCUGCCCGCUUCUGGAGUGGAAUUCAUUGCCUCUGAACUUGCGGCAGCGAAGAACCCGUUGGUUAUUGCCGGAUACUCGGGGAGAAAAGCUCAGUCAGUGACUGAGCUGGUCAAUUUGGCUACCAACUUCAAGGGAAUCCGAGUCCUGGAUACAGGUGGUAGUGACAUGUGUUUCCCUGCCGAUCACCCAGCAUGGCUCGGAAUGAAGUAUCCUGGGCACGAAUUGGUCGAAACCUCCGACCUCAUUCUAGUUAUUGAUUGCGAUGUUCCAUGGGUUCCCACGCAAUUCAAACCAUCACCAUCAGCCAAGAUCAUUCACAUUGAUGUUGAUCCUUUGAAGCAACAGAUCCCGGUCUUCUACCUCAAUGCAAUGGCAACCUUCCGUGCCGAAUCCUCUAAUGCCCUGAAGCAGAUCAAUGACUAUGUUGCCUCGCAGGCGUCUUUACAGCAGUUUAUCGGCUCCAUUGAGAACGUGACUAUGGGCAAGCGCCGGGACGAGGAGUACCUCCAACGCCGACAAGCGAUUCAAGCAUUAGCUGCCGUACCCGAAGGCGGGGAUGAUGCUUCAUUGAACAUCAAUUAUCUCAUGGGACAAGUUCGCCAGGGUGUUCCCGACGAUACUAUUUGGGCCAUCGAGGCUGUGACAUGUAGCCAGUUUGUUGCUGAUCAGGUGUCCGCUACCCUGCCCAACUCAUGGAUCAACUGCGGAGGAGGUGGCCUUGGAUGGUCCGGAGGUGGUGCCCUUGGAAUCAAGCUCGCCAGUGAUGUGCAGCAUGGAGGUCCUGGAAAGGGCAAAUUCAUCUGCCAAGUUGUUGGCGACGGCUCAUUCUUAUUCUCCGUGCCUGGAUCUGUCUACUGGGUUGCUCGCCGAUAUGGAAUUCCCAUUUUGACCAUCGUCUUAAACAACAAGGGCUGGAAUGCUCCUCGACGCAGCAUGUUGCUUGUUCACCCUGAGGGUGAUGGCUCCCGUGCAACGAACGAAGACCUCAACAUUUCAUUUGCACCUACACCUGAUUAUGCAGGUAUCGCCAAGGCUGCCGCGGGUGGUGAGUUGUGGGCUGGGCGUGCAUCCACGGUGGCCGAGCUGGCGCAGAAGCUCCCAGAUGCCAUCAAAAGUGUUCUUGAGGGCAAAGCAGCAGUUCUGGAGACGCAGCUUGAUGGGUCAUCUGGUAAAUAUGUUGAGCAAUCUUGA